GGUGCUGCUUCCUGGGCCCCCCGCUCUGUCUGAGUUUAAUGGGCCUGUCGUUAUUAAUGAGGUCUCCAUGCAAACGAUGCGUCACGACACGGGGGGGUUGGGGGGAUUAGGUGGGUAUAAAAGCGGCCAGCGUGGACAGUGACGCUCCGUAGCCCCGCACUGAACCCAUCGGACCCCCGGUGCCUAGGAGCCGCCGAGCCAAACCCGGAUGAUGCAGAAGAAGGCUCCGCUAGAGUUGGGACACGAGGCUGCGCAGCACGUUAACACCGUAAACAGUGGUCCAAGUCGGCGUCUCCUGAUGAAACACACAGUGACUCCACAUGGCAUCAUCCACAGUGACGGUUCUGAUCCCAGGGGUGUCUGUCGGAUCUUCACCAACAGUCGGGAGCGCUGGCGGCAGCAGAAUGUUAACGGAGCGUUUGCCGAGCUGCGUCGCCUCAUCCCCACCCACCCCCCUGACAGGAAGCUCAGCAAGAAUGAGAUCCUACGCCUCGCCCUCAAGUACAUCAACUUCCUAGACGAGAUCCUAAUGGACCAGGACCUCAGGGGGGCCCCCUGGGGCCAAGCAGAAGGCCUGGAGCAGGUGUCCAGGCUGCAGCGGGCACUGACGCCAAGUUCAGGCUGUGAGAGUUCAGUGGACGGAGACUCAGAUGGUGUGACGGAGGAGCAGGACUGUGGUGGUCUGCAGUACCUCCACCUAGCAGCUAGCUACAGCUGAGCAGGUCCGGCAGCAUCCUAGUGAUCCAGGGUGCUGGCCCCCGGAGAGUUGAGGGUGGUUUUUAUUUAGUGAAGCUCAGGCAGGGUCCAGCACCAGUCUAGGGAUGGUUCUGAUAGCUAGUUCUACUUUGGAUCUGGUUCCAAGUUGUCAAGUAUCAUGGCCAAACCAAUCUGAUCUGCCAUUUAAUGGAUGUGUGCUGAGCCCCACACAGCUCAGCACAGGGUUCACGGGUCGACGUGCUGCCUCGGGGUCAGGCUGUCUGCUCCGUGGGUCAACACGAGCAGGACCACGUGUGUCAUUAACGUGAUCAGGACUAACCACAUCUUCAAAUUCUUUGUCACCUAUAACAAUUCAAAUGAGUUUUGUCGAUGCUCUGUGAGUGAAACAGAAUCCCGAUACUUUCUUUUAAAACAGAUCCACUAAACAGAUUCAAAAAUGGAUUCGAAUUCAUUAAAAGGCUUUUGAAACGUCACCCGUUCCUCCCGUGGUCGUGUCAAAGGAAACGGGCUGUUGUGCUCAGACCGUGAGGUUGUUUUCUAUGAGAAUCUUUUCCUGUCCUAACACACAGCCGUGUGGUUGUCAUGUGAUAGUCACAUGUAUCAUGAUGAGUCCAUGUUACCAGUUUCCUCUGUGAUGAUUGUGUUACACAAAGUUCUGGUGCAUGAGCAGAACCACCAGAUCCAGUUUCUUCAUGUUGAAGCAGCUCUCGUAUCAAACUCUGUGUUCAGUGGAAAGUCUUUGUUGUGCACUUGUGAUUUUUAUCUGAUGAAUCUGUAAGAAAACAGAUGAAUAAAAGAGAUUCUA